CCCUGCCUUCCUGCCUCCCUGCCUUCCUCUCUGCCUCCCUGUUGCCUCUCUGCCUCUCUGCCUUCCUCUCUGCCUCGCUGCCUCCCUGCUUGCCUCCCUGCCUGCCUCUCUGCCUUCUUGCUUUCCUGCCUUCCUCUCUGCCUCCCUACUGCCUCUCUGCUUUCCCGCUUUCCUGCCUCCCUGCCUGCCUCUCUGCCUCGCUGCUUUCCUGCUUGCCUGCCUCCCUGCCUUUCUCUCUGCCUCGCUGCCUUUCUCCUUCGCUCCCUGCCUGCCUCCCUGCCUUCCUCUCUGCUUUCUUUCUUCCCUCCCUCCCUGCCUGUUUUCCUCCCUCCCUCCCUGCCUGCCUCCCUGCCUCCUUCUCUCCCUGCCUCCUUCCGUCCCUGCCUCCUUCUCUCCCUGCCUCCCUUAUACUGAAAUAAAGACUUGUAUUCAUUUGAGCCCUCUGAGAAUUUCCAGCACGCGUCAUGAUGCGCUGAGACGUCGAAUUCCUGUGAAUUCACACAAUUUUGUUGUUGUUUUCUUUUUCAGAGAAACGCGUGUGUCUGUAGUUUAAACUGCAGCCAUGAUAAUUCCUCUGUUGUGAGAUUAUUUGUAAGAUGUGUGCUAUUCGAAGUGUCUUUGAUAAUAAGCACGUUUGAAUGCUUCAGUUGGCUUGAUAUAAAUGUAUAUUUGUAUGUAUAUUAAAAAGAAAAGUGCAUACUUGAGUGGCAAGCCAGUCUGAACUGGAAAAACCUUGCAAUAUGGAGUUGCUAGAAAGCAUUUGAAACUUACAUGUAUAUCUGAAAUAUAGCAGGGCUUGUAGUUCUUUAUUAUUAAACUGUUCAUUUGAAAGGUUGUUUUUGCUGGAUUUUCCCCCCCGUUUUAGGUAACAGUGGAUAUUACAAGUAGGAGCUUGGAUGAAAUUUCAAGGCCUGCAUCUAGCUCGACCUAAUUGUAGAUCUUUAAAUACAUCUAUGGAGUUAACAACACCAGAACCAUGUUUGCAAGAGGUAGAUUCACCCAUCAGUUUGGCUGAUGGUUACCAGAGUGGCAGUCUAGAAGAUGGCUGUCCAGCAGAAAACAAAGGUGAUGACAGAUUUAUAUCUGAUGUCCAGGAAGUAAGAAGUGAUCAGCAAACAGUGGAGAGCAUGACCAUCUCUCUUCACAAGUGUCUAUGGAAUCCCAUUGAGUUGUCAGGAUGUACCUCUACUUCAGAUUCUCGAGAUGAAAGCACUGAAACACAUAUGUUGAAAUUCUGUGAACCUUCCCCGGGACAACCAAGUAAUGCAAAGUCAGAUACUACUUCACAAACUUUGAAAUCCUGUGAAACUUCCCUGGAAAAAACAGCAGACUCUUCUGACUUGGAAUGUUCUGAAGACAUGGACAUAAAUGCUCGGAUUCAAGCAGCUGUAAAGAAAAUGAAUAAACUUGACACCAUACUUGAAAAACAGCGUUUAAAGGAAAAAGCAGUUAAAAAGCAAGGCAGAGAACUCAGGGCAAUGCUCUGGGAAGAACUUCAGUGCAUCAGAACCACAGGAAGCAAUGAGGAGGUGGAAAACACAAACCAGUUUUUGGCUGUGUUAUCACCAUGGCAUAAUACAGCUGACCUCUCCCAUGCUAAAGAGGAUGAAAUAUGCACUUCAGUAUUUCGCACACACAUGAAUCCUGAGGAUGAUAAUUGCCAUAAAGCCCAAGAAAACCAGGAUUAUCCAAGUGAAUUAGAAACAGAAAAACCAGCAGAAAAAGCACAUAGCAAAAAUAAAACCAGCCAGCAUUUCAUUAAAAAGAACAUUGAGCUAGCAAGGGAUUCAGGAAACCAAUUUGUUAUGCUUGAGGGAGAAAGGAAAAGGCUAACUGAGCUACUGAAAGAUACAGAAGAUGGAACUGAAUUGCAAGAUCUUGAGGAGAAUGUACCUAUCUGGCAGGCACCAGGAGAAGGGUACACACCUGAAUUGAUGGAAUUUCAUCUUCUGAAUGAGAUAGACAAUAAGCUUCACCUGCUGCUCUCUGAUGGGGAGUUUCCUGCUCUUUCCAGCUCUAGCUCAAAAUGUCCAAACCAGAUAUAUCAGGAGCCUCUGGUUUAUGCUAGCAGAAGCCUAGAAACAAUUCCAGGUGAGAGGGUUCUGCGGGACAAUAAGGAAAAACGUGAUCAACAGAAUCGUUUGAAAGAAAUAGAUUAUCAGCUGGAAUCCCUAGCAAGAAGUCUUACUGAAGAACAAAUGAGCCUCUCUGAAGAGCAGCUUAAGACCCUUCUGGAAGAAUGUAUGCAGCCUCAGAGAACAAUAAGUAACGUUACCAUGCCACAGUCUCAGGAAUCUCUUUCUUUUGGAUUAAGUCCCCCUUGUUACACAAGUCAAGACUCCACUCUUCACUCCACAUCUAGUCUUUCCAAAAUGUUAGUUGAAGACCAUAUUGUAGGGAUGUUAAUGGCUCAGGAAAAGGCUGGACUCGAAGACAAAAGCUUAUGUGUUAAUGCAGAGAGCAAAAUCCCUGGCUACUAUACCAGCAAAGCAUUGGCUGGUAGUCACUUAUCAAAGGAUUCACUGGCCCAAACAGAGGAACCUGAUGACCUAGAAGGUUUACAGAAGAUGGAAGAUAAGAGUAUUACUGAAGGUUACUUUAUGUCAAGAGCACUCAACACAAAAAGAUUGAAGAAACCUUCUUUCUUGGGUGAACCAUUAUAUUGCAUCAGCAGGAACAAUGAGCCAUGCACAGAGGCUGACAUUCUCAGCAUACCACUGCAAACCAAAGGAGAUCAUAUGAACAUUGAAAUUUGAGGGGAGAGUGACUAUAUGCUUCUCUGCACAACUGUUUUCUGAAAAUGUAGCUAAAUCUCUGUCAGUGAUAUUGCACUGAUACAGUAUCAUAUCAAGCAACCUGAUGGGAAUAAAUUAUUAUAAUUGAAAAUGUUCCAUGAAUUGAUUUUUUUCUUUAGAGAUAAUUAUUAUUGUCAUCGUAAUAUAUUGUUGCAUUUUGGUUUCAAAACAAACUCUUGCAUUUCAUUAAAUUUCCUGGGAGUGUUCUGUCUUAUAAAGAAAUGUACACAGAUAUUGUGUAGCUGUGUGUCUGAUAAGACAUAUAUGUGUUUGUUAAAAAAUAAAAACAAAACCAAAAAGCCAACCAAAACUUUAGUAUUUACUGAUGGGGCUUUAUUAGAGAGGGUGUGAAAUAUGUAUAAUAAUUUCAUUUUUCUUUACACACACACAGAGUCUAGCUUUUUUAUAAAGUUAGCUAAAUCAUGUCUUGUGUUAUCUCACUGCAGUUUGCUGGAGCUUGCAGCCUGUCUGACUCAGAGUUCUGACUCAGUGAAGCAUCCCAUUACUGAGUUUUUUGCCCCGGGGCUGUCUGUUGGCUGGACCUCUGGUUUGCCUGAAGGCAGGAAUUGCAAAAGUGCUCUGCUGGAUCAGAAGAUCAGCACUAGUCUGCUCAGGUCUGCCUGAUUCUUGUCUGGGAAAACUGCUAACCACACAGCAAACAUUCAUGUCUUCGAGUUAAGAAAUGCAGUUAAAUGAGGAAGGAUGCAGCCCCUGGUGAAGGCUUGGAGGGAGUAAAAGUGGAGGCAUUCAGAAGUUUGCCCUGGCAGCUACUGGGUUGUGAAACCGUGUAGUGAUGGGGGAAGGGUAAUGCAGCUGGUUUGGGUUUGAGAGAAUAUUAACAAUUCAUUACAGGUUUUUGAUUGUCUAGUCUUUAACUAGUAUUUUUUCCUGAUUUUUGGCUUAUUUACUCAGCUGAUGGUCGGUUUCCCAUUUCAUGUGCUCCAAUGUCAGUAUAAGAAAACAUUAUUAAAAAAACAUGGUUAAUUUUUAAAAGUUUUUUGAGUAGGGAGAGAUACUCUAGCAAAGAAGACUCAACAGAUUUUCCCAUUGACAAGCUCUCGUGUGACUUCUUGACCUAAAAGGACAAAUUGUUUCUCAGAUCCUAUACCUAUAGUCGUUUAACAUUCACCACAAAAAGAUGUAUGGAUAGUACAUUAACUAUACAUGGGCUGUUAUUGCAUAGGGUUUACUUGAUCUAAUAUGAAUGUUUAAAUAAAUGCACAUAUUGGCCCAGAUUUUAAUCCAAUUUACAGAGUUGCCAGCAGGAUUGGAUGCACACUUCUGGGGAAGCUGUAAUUGUGUGGAUAUAACAGAGAUCAGUACGUAAUCAAUUUGCUUUCAGUUAAAAAUCUGAAUGGAACAUUAUAUUUGCAACAAGCCUUUGCUAUUUCUGUUUUUACUUUCUGAUAUUUUUACUUGUUCUCCAACAGCAAUAACAAACCUUUGCAUAGUGGAUAUUCUGCAUAGGAUUGCUGUAAGCACAUUUCAUGGAACUUUUCAAAUCUCACCUGCAUGUAUUUCUUACCAUAAAAAUAUUAAGCCUCUGUCAUAAUUUUUAAGCAUAAAUAUAAUUAAAGCGAUACUGACAAGUGUUUUUAAGAGUA